AUGGCCACCAACACCUCUCAGCUGUUCAUCAAAGGCGGCAACUGGACUUCCGCCGUCAAGCAACACACGUUGAGUCUGACUCCUGGCCAACACAAACCCAAGCAGGCCAUCUCAAAGCAGGCGGCAUCCCCAAAACUCAACAAAGUCGUCAAGCACAAGCUGCCAGGUCGACAUGAAAAGGCGUCCCUCUUCCAUAAGCCUCAAAAACGAGGCCCACUUGCCGCCAUCGCGGCCCCCAAGCUCAACGCUCUCAACAACGACAACGAGAAACUCUUCGACCUUGUGACGCCGUCAGCAAACAUGCGGCCUCACAAAGACAUCUACACUGUCCCGUCUGCUCGUGGCCACGGGCCAAGGACCGUCGCCAAGAUCAUGGCGGUUCCCAAGUUUCUCAUCGCUCCAAGGGAAAUCGACAACUCUGCCUCAAAGGCCCUGCUGGAGUUAAUCGAGCAAGCGAAGGCAGAGAAGCAGCGACAAAAAGAGAUCGACGCACUGUUCGAGUCUGACAGUGAGAAUUGA